ACAAACAAUUAUUAACCGCAAAGAACAGCAGCAGCAGGUCAGGAAGGGAAGUGGUUUUGAAAGACUUCUGAAGUUACUGAACUUCUCACUGUUUUCGAAAAGAUAGUGACUGCAGUCCGACUCAGACGACACAAGUACGCGAAAACUUAUCACACUCUGAUGCAAAUAGGACGUAAAAACGGAAAACUCAUUGUUACGUUGAUCAACAUAUCAGUGGAAGAACAACAGUGACAGAAGUGUCUCCAUCUGGAAAAAUGAGAUCCAUUACAGUUGCUGUCUUAUUUUGUACUGGAUAUUUCCUUUUGUCACCCGCCUUUGCCCAUCCUUGGAGAGAAUGGACCAGACUCAUCCUGACCCAUACCUGGCCACAGACGUUUUGCAAUGUGGAACAAUGCAAAACAAAUAUCAGCUAUUGGACUUUGCAUGGAUUAUGGCCCAACUCUGGCAAUAUGUGUAACUCAUCCUGGCAUUUUAAUGAAAGUUUGAUCAAGGACAUACUGCCUGAAAUGGAGAAGUUCUGGCCAGAUCUGCUCAUGCCUUUAUCUUCAGAAUUUUGGGAAUAUGAAUGGUUGAAACAUGGAACUUGUGCUGCAAAAGCCGAGUCUCUCAACAGUCAACAUAAAUAUUUCAGCAAAGCUCUUGAGCUGUACCACAAGUUUGACCUUAGUAGUGUUUUAAGGAACCACCAAAUUGUGCCCUCUGAAGAGCACUACACAUUUGAUGCUGUAGAGACGGCCAUUACCAGCUUCUAUGGAGUCAAGACAAAGAUUCAGUGCAUCCACCCACAAAAGGGAGGCCAGGUCCAGACUUUGGGCCAAAUCGAGAUCUGUGUUGACCAGGAUUUCCAGCUGAUUAAUUGUGAAAAGUCAUCUAAGGAGGUCUGGAGCAACGAGAUCCUGCUCCAGAGUGAUCCUGUGAGCGGCCAUUCAGACCUCAGCGUGUGUGAUCACUCCAUGCCAGUGUAUUACCCUCCUGUGCCACACAGGUGGUAAACUCUUGUCUCAUUGAGCAGUAGUGAAAUCAGAUGAGGUACUGUAUCACUGAAUUCAGUUGAGAAUCGUCUAGUUUACCUCUUGAAACAUUGCACAGAAGACAUAAUCAUGAUUACACUAUAUGAUGCAUUCUUUAAACUAAUUACACAUUUAAUUCUCUUGUUAUUUAACUGAUUACACGCUGGAACACAUUUACUGAAGAUGUAAGGGUAACAAAUUCACAGACUGCUGUAUUCAUGUUAUUUUUAAUUGAUGUCAUGAUUAUUUUUUGAUGAAUCUCAUGAAAACAUGUUCAGGCCACAUUUUGCCAUUUUAAAUAAAAUAAAAUAAAUGUACUUUUAUUUAAAAAAUAUUUAUCAAUUUUUACAAAUAUUAUUUAAAAAAAUAUGUAUGAUUUUUAAAUAAUAUAUAAUAAUUUUACUGUGCAUUUUCUUUAUUCCAAAUACAAUUCCAAAUAUGACCUGGACAUGUUCUUGACAUGUAUUCUUAAUAGAUCUGCUUGAACUAACUGUUCUUGAAAUAUUUGUUUUUAUUCACAGCAUUUACUGUUAUUGUUAAAAUAUGUCCCAGGAGUUGGUUAUAAUGUUCUGUUUUCUAUAUAUUAAAUAUGAUACAUUUUAUAUUACACUUAGAAUCAAAAGAGACUAUUCAUACUAUAAUUUGGAAUGCUAAUGUGUAAAAUUUGUGGUAGGUUUUAAGUUUUGGGCCUACAGGCUGCAAUUGCAGAUAAUGCACAUUUAAGCUCCUGCCACUGGAGGGCAGCACAUGCUCUCUGGUGUAAUCAGGUUUACAGAGCAAUGCCAGUUUACAAGGAGAUGGUUUGCACAAAAUGUGGUUAAAACACUGUGUCUUUCUGUUUUUUUUUUUUUUUUCUUCAGUAUUUUUAAAGGACAUAUAUUUUCUGAUCUGUAUUAUGGCAUUUACAUAUAUCUGCUGCUGGGCAUAGUUUUUAACGGGUACAAAGUUGUGUUUUUACGGUGUGUGAUAAAUGUAAAUCAAUAACAUAUUCAUGUGUCGAACUGAAACCUUCUCGCUCGUGUGUGUGUGUGUGUGUGUGUGUGUAUAUAUAUAUAUAUAAUUCAUGAACUUCUGCUUCUUUUUUUUUGUAGUGCAAUGCUAAUUGAAUGAAUAUAAAGAUAAUCACACCAUCCCGAUUUGCAAUUUUUUCAUCUUGGUUGCAUCACCUUGGCAUUACAGGUCUUUAAUUAUUGAAUUGUGUGGCCUUCACUUUAUCCAUCAAGGUUUGACGUACGUUCAGAAAUGCUUUUCUGCAUAGCAUGUUGCAACGUGUGUUUAUUUGGUUAUUGUCGUGUUUCCUGUCAGCUUGGACAAGUCUGGCCAUUCUCCUCUGACCUCUGUCAUUAACAAGCCCUUUUUGUCCACAGAGCUGUUGCUCGCUGGAUGUUUUUUGUUUUUCGCUCCAUUCUCUAUACACUAGAGACUGUUGUGUGUGAAAAUCCCAGGAGAUUAACAGUUACAGAAAUACUCAAACCAGCCCAUCUGGCAUCAGCAAUCAUGCCAUGGUCUAAAUCACUGAGAUCACAUUUUUCCCCAUUCUGAUGGUUGAUUUGAACAUUAACUGAAGCUCCUGACCCAGAUCUAUAUGAUUUUAUGCAGUGCGCUGCUGCAACAUGAUUGGCUGAUUAGAUAAUUGCAUGAAUACAGUAAGUAGGUGUACUUAAUAAAGUAGUUGGUGAGUGCAUAAAAGUGGUUGGUGUGUGUAUUGCGGCAGUUUCUUAGUGAAAUAAACACUAGGCUCUACAAUAACAAUGACUUUUAUUCCCUUUCACACAAAUCAGGAGUAAAACGACGGAUUGUCAUUUAAUAAACAUACUUUUCACCCUAUUCCUCACAAAAUUCUGUGUUAUGACAUCUUGGCACUUGUACUACAGGGCAUGACUUGUAAGGCAAUAUUUAAGAAAAAAAAAUGUAAGUUCAUUUUAUAACCGCAUUUAUAAGCUUAAUG